AUGUGGAUGAAAAUUGAUCAAAACAAAGAAAUAUCAACAGAUAAAUUAAAACAAGGGAGUCUCUUAAGAUGUCCAAUGUGUAAAGGAAGAGGAUUUUUUGAACCUACACAGGUUUCAACAUUAAAAACGUGUGAAAACUCGGCAAUCAAACUUCCACAAUUAGCGUCGAAGAAAAAAAGUAAACAAUGGCCUAAACCUAGAAGUAAAUAUAAUUUACCUUCGAUAAACAAUAUAAAAAAUUUACCGGAAAAUAGACAUGUUGAAUGUUCAGGUUCGGGUGAAAACGAAUUUCAUUCGGAAUUAUUACCAUUAAAAGAAUUUAGUGACGGUCAAUAUAAUUUUGAUGAUGCCACAGCUAAAAAAACGGAUUCGGUUAUAAGAACAGGAACUCCUCAAAGGCUUUCAUUGGCCUCAUCAACAGACAGUAUUUGUGAUCCGAAUUUACUUCCCUCGCCGAAGACGCCCAAAAAUCCGGUAGAAACAUUUAAAUUGUGCAUGUCGAAAUUAAAAAGCAAUAAUUGGAAUGAAUCAGUUAAUGCUUUAAAAGAAAUUGUACAAAUAUCACGAUUUCAACCGGAAGUCAUCGAACCAUCAAUGGUUUUAGUUUACAGAAGACUUAUUUCUUUAUUGAAAAGCUUUAGGUCGAUCGUUGCUAGAACUGCUUGUCAAGCUUCUAAUGAGCUUUUUGCAACAAUGGCUAAUUCGCAAAGACCAGAAUUCGAUGAAGUGGUCAACAUUUUACUACAGAAAACGGCAGACACUAAUAAAGCCGUUCGACAAGAUGCCAAUGAGGCUUUAGACACGAUGAUUUUAAAUAUUCCUCAUAGCCAUUCAAUACGAGCCAUUAUAAACAAGGGAAUAACUCAUAAAAGUCCAUUAGUUAGGGGUGCUUCGGCUAGGCUUUUAGUUUGCGUUGUUGGAAUAGUAGGGGUUGAAACAAUUUUCAACGGUGGUAAAGAAAUUCGAGGAAGAAUAUUAAAUGCUGGAGCUACUUUCAUGCAAGAUGGUAAUCAAGAAGUUCGGAAUUUUGGUAAAAGAUUAAUUAAAAUGUUUAUUAAACUUGAUGAUUUUGACGAAGUUCUCCAGUCGGAAGUAAAUGAAAUUCUUUUAAAACGAAUUGAAAAAACGUUAAUAACAAUGAAUUUAUUAAAUUUAUGCGAUUUAAAAGUUGUUGUUAAAUAA